AAUAAUAGAGCGUCUGUAUCAACCAGAAUUUUUUAAACUACAUAUUUCCGCCCAAUAUUCUCAUAAAGAAUCAAUUGAUUAAAAAAAAUAAAAUUUUGCAUGAAGUAAGAUAACUAAGAUCAAAAUUUCCUCAACGAUUGGUGAGUUAAUUAAUCGAGGAUGGAAAUAGUUGUUAACUUGACUGUUUUGUUUCUGCUCGUGGUGAGCCUUCCCUUCAUCUCAGGAACUCCUGAGAAUGCAUCUCAACCUGGUGACAAUGUAAUGUUCAUUCCUGGAGACAUUCACCCGUUAUCACUGCGCUACAUCGACGACAGCGGUAACAUCACCAUCAUGAACUACACCGUGAACGAUCGCUCGCUGACGCACUACAAUUCCUCCCUCGAGGAAUUUGAGGCAGGUGUCCUGCGGAAAAACACUAAUGGCCGCUUAGUUUUACACCUGCCAUCGGGCCGGAACCUAACCAUCUCUGUGGCUCAGCGCACAGUCGUGCGGCUCAUCGACCACGACGGCAAGUCCGACAUGAGCGUCGACCUCUCAGGAUUCGAGAGCCUCACCAUGGAUGAUCUCAAAAAUGACAGCUCGCUCCUGCCUGUGCCAUCGAAACCCUUGUCGUGGCCAGAGCCAGACUGGCGACCUCUGCGGUCCGUCACCGUCUUGGCUAAUAGUUCAACCGUCACAAUAACGCUCAACAGGAACAAUCAGGUAACGCAUACCGUUCUAGAUAAUAGUUCAACCGUUACAAUAACGCUCAACAGGAACAAUCAGGUAACGCAUACCGUUUUAGCUAAUAGUUCAACCGUCACAAUAACGCUCAACAGGAACAAUCAGGUUUUCCACAUCAAUACAAACAUCACUCAUCCUGGUCUGGUGUGGUUCAAACCUCACGGUUUGGUGAUGUUGGUCGUACAUCCCCUCACAUGUGUGGUCACCUACACCAACAUCUUUCCAACAUCCGAGUUUGGAGGCUAUAGAGACCUCAUCACCAUCUUGAAGAGAGUUGCCCCUGGACGUGUAAUCAUCAUUGUUGGACUGUACGACGGUUCGCUCCAGAUGCUGGAUGCCAGACAAUUCCUUAGGGACCAGAUCGGCUCGCUGGUGUCAGAACAAUACCUGUUCCGCGAUUCGUGGGCUUGGGUGUUUAUGAUGAACGGCGUGACGCUGGGAGAAGCGUUCAGCCCUAACCUGCUCCGAGACGCAGGGAAGGCGGUGCCUCGGAAUGUAACUCUCGAGAAUAUCAUCAAACUAGAGUACUUAUUGAAUGCCAAGAGAGUACAGGAGAUGAAGUAUUAUGCAUCACCCCCACUAAAUAAUGAGGAAUCUAUCGAUCAAAAUCGGAGUGAUGUUCUAAAUAUUACGGUGGGAAAAAGCUCCAUAAACUAUCGUAAGAAGAACUGGACACUUCAAGCUUUAUUACCAACUAAUGGACAUGGCGAAACAACAACAAUAAAGUCUACAUUCAAAGAUUCGGGAGACUACGAAGAUCAUAAUAAUUCGCAACCUCCUGAGAAACCAGAUGAAGAUUAUGACAUUGAAGACUUUGAGUACAACAACAUGAAUUGGAACCUUCAGUUUUUUGGAAACAAGAAUUUGAGCUCAAAAACAUCAAGUCCUCUGAUGCUCGAUGCGAGGAUACCUGUGCACGAAGAUCCCAUAUACUUGUUGAUGGAGUACGACAACUGCAAGAUUUGGGCCGAGGCUGCGGAGUUGAACGCUCGCUGGGUAGCCCGGAUGAGGUUCUGUCAGACGCACGAUGGAUACGGGAGCUUGUGCGACUGCAAGAAGCCAUUCUUUUUUAAAGAAAAAAAGCCACUUCUGGAGGGCGUUUAUGAAGAGGAUAUACCAAUUCUCAUCAUUACAGCCAAUCGCACUCUUUUACUGUUCAGGGUGCUGGAGGCGCUCGGCAGCCAGCCCGGCAUCCACAAGGCUCUGGUGACGGUGGUGAUGGAUGACUGGAGGGAGGAGGUCGCGCAGUUGGCUUACAUACUCGACAUUAAGCUUCUUCAACAUGCGCCAGAAGGGACAGCUUCGGUUUUGGUCUCACGUAACCUUCGCUUCGGUCUUUUCCAUAUGCUUGAACUGUACCCUGAUGCAAAACAAUUCAUCGUGCUAGAAGAUGACCUUAUACUAUCUCCGGACUUUUAUAAGUACAUGCAGCACACGUCUGGCAUUUUCGAGCUGGACAAGACGGUGUACUGCGUGUCUGCCUUCAACCACUUGUCGUACCCACACACUUCCAUGGACUCCUCCCGCCUCUACCGCGUCGAGUCGUUCCCUGCCUACGGCUGGAUGGUGCCGAGGAGGGAGAUCACCUACAUACUACCUAGAUGGUUUCCUCCCAAUGUUACCCACGACUGGGACUUCAUGCUGGGCAUGAGUCUACUCAACCACAAGAAGGAGUGCAUCAUUCCUGACGUGAACCGAGCCCUGCACGGCGGUACGGUGGGCCUGCACGCCCGGGCCUCUUGGUUCCACGAGCGCCACUACAGCCGCCGCCUCAUCAACACCAACGCCUCAGCCGAGCUCAUGCCCAUGCACAGACUUCGCUCUGAAGAAUACGAGGAAGAAAUGCAUCAGCUAAUAUCCGAGGCUCAACCCGUCUACGAUUUCAGCUUGGAAAACUUCACGUUAGGUUAUUCUAAGACAGGAGCACACGUCCUUUACGUCGAACAGCCUAAUUCAAAGGAGAUGAAUAUAACUGGAGAGGUCAUAGAAACCGAAGGCAUCAAUGAACCAAUCUUCAAGACCGUCGGCGAGGCGAUGCGCGUGUGGAACACAGACGUGCGGGAGCUGCACAAGAGCACAUGGCGGGUCAACUACCGCAACCAGACGUUGUUCGUCGUUGGCUGCCCUCGCGCCCCUUAUUGCAAACACAUGCCGAAGAAAUACCAAGUGCUGGCCAUCGCCGACCCUAACGAGCUCACGGAACUGGUGAAGGAUGAAUAUCUGUACGCUCAUAUUCGCAGGAUACCAUUCCGCUACCACCACGACCACCAGGACCAUGUGUGGCGUACCAUGAACACGCAUUGGAAUAGUGGCGUUCACUAAAACACUUUUUCUCAAUAUGACCACCAUGGCCACGUAUGGGAACAAUGGUGAUCACUAAUUUAUUUUUUUACUUUCAUUGUGACCCAUCAUCAUCAUCAACACCCAUUUUUACUAUGGCUAACAUCACCAGAUAUUUUGCUAGUGGUGGUCACAAUCCCCUCCUCUUUCAUCAUCACAACUAUAUAUGACCCCGCAUCGUAACGUUGUGGUGACAAUAUUUCCUUCUACAUCUCCACAACUAUGACCAUCUGUGGAGGACCAUGACUGUUAUAAACUUCUUGCCAUCACGGGUGGACAAUGAUGGCAUUAACCCUCAUGCCAUUCUCAAUGAUCAAAUUAAUAACAAUGGCUUUCAUUUCGUACUUUAUUUCCGUACAUUUUUCUGCGACGCUGCCUCAUAUGUUGACCGAAAAUGAGCCCCGCAAAACGUUGCCUCAUCUUUUUAUGGCAAGAGACUUGAGCCUGUAAAAUAUACGACGUGAUCUGCGAAAUCUUCAACAUUUAUUUUCUUUUCAAAGAUUAACGACUCAAUAACAAUUUAGCGCCAAAUAUUAACUAAUAUGAAGUUUAACGAGGCAACAAAUUAUCCUUUGUUGAGUUUUGAUGGGAAAUUAAGAGCCUCCAUGACAUGAGAAGUUCUCAGCACAAGUUCUCAGAGCUGCUGCAGCUUCUUCGCGAUUUUCCGGUCUCAUGGAAUAAAACAACUGACAUUUGUGACAAGUUCUGCACUACAAGUAAAUAUUUUUAGUUAGUUAGUAAUUUUUUGAGGUUGGCAUUGGAAGACAAA